UCCGGAAUGUUUUGUUGUUCAAAUUAAAAAAAAAAUAGAUUAUGAAGUUAAUGUUAUUCCAUUGUAAACGCAUAAGCAUACACUUAUACGAAGGAAAACAACUUUUCUAAGAAUACAGGUUGAGUCCCAGCCUAAACGUUCUUUAAAAAUAUUACCACUUAUCUAUUCAGUCAUAGUCAAUGAAUAAUAUAGAUAUUGUCAUGCCAUGAUCGAGUGUGUCAUGCGGAUAAUAUUUCUGGAAGUUGAUAGGAAAUACUAUUGAUACGAGUAUUUCUGCCUAUAUGAUUUUUGGUUUCUUUCAGUUUUCUUGUUGUCCAACCGAACUCUUGGUCUAUGCCUUCUUUAUUGUCAAUGACAGUCGAUAAUAUGAUAUGACACGUUUCGUUUUACUGGCAAAAAAAGCAUCGCAAUCCUUGCAUGGGAUGCGACAGUAUACUACUGGUUUUAUUUUAUGAUCUUUUAAUGCCCGAAGAUGUAUAUUACUUGUCUCUGGUAUAUAUGACUAUAGCUACUGGUUAAUUUUCUGCAUCCUUUCGUCACCGUUCUUAAUAGUACUGUCUGACUAAAUUGAGUGUUCUGUCGGGUAAUGAGGACAGUACACUUUUUUCGAAGGACAAUUGAUGAUUAAAUAAGUAGUUUAGAUAUUGAUCAGUAUGAGCUGGUUUACGGUAGACGGAUACUGGAAGUUACAAUCGUCAGUAGAGUGUCUAAGGAAGGAAACGUACCGUUCUUCUCAUAUUCAAUUAUAAAUUAAAUUUUAGGGUGUAAAUUAUUAAUAUGUUCAUGAAAUGCGUCUAUAUGUGCCUCUUUAUUAUUAGGAAGUCGCCAUCCACAAUUCUUUUUCAAACCAUGGGAGCGUGAUCAGUUGAUAGAGUUGUAGUCUAAUAAGCCUGCAUAUGUAUUUCAGCUAUGACAGAAGUUGGGCCACUCAUAGCCACACCUGUGAGUUUGCGUAAAACAAUUACCGUCAAAUAAACACCAUGUUUUUGUAUAAGCACAACUUCGAUUAAGAACAGUAGUCUGUCUAAGGAGAUACGUGUUUUGUUCUCAUCAUCAUUAGCAAUAAUUCUACAGUGUGUACAGUGACGUAACAUCAAAUGAUACCAUACACUUGUUGUCCUGGAUCCGUACGUUAAAGUCCGAAAGCUCUUUCGAGUAUUUACAGGGAUCACUCUUUGUAAAAUUGCUAAGAAUGGAAGCUAGAUAUUUCGAUAAAUUAUACAAAGGAGAUCCUGUACACGAAACGAUUGGGCGUAUUGGAGUUGCCCAUAAAAUAUAGAAUCGAGCAGCGGAGUGUCUGAAGGUCUAGGCUGAUAAUACAAUCUAUCAUCGAUGUUACCAUCUUUAUUUAAACGUAUCAAGAGGUUCCUACGUUUGCUAGUUUAUGUUGGAUCUCGUUGUAGGCGCGCAUUUGGACCGUUGUUAAUGUGAUCAUAGCAUUUAUUUAGAUAAUCUUCGUUCGGCCCUUAUCCCCUGGCAAGAUCGUAAUAUUAUUAUCUUUUCUUAAUUUAGAUAGUGUAAUGCGCAAUCGAAUAUUUAGAAAAAAGUGCAAAAAUAGUUUAAGACAAACGUAACAGAGAGAGAAAUUUUAGCAAAAAAGGAAAUAUUUUAAUCAAUCUAUUGCUUACAUUUAGAUCUGUAAUAAAGUUAAUUAUUUUAAUUAAUGUGACCUGAUUGGUUGAUUUUGUUCUCUAAUUAUCUCUUCAAAUAAUAAAUAUCCAAAGAUCUUCACGAUUAUUGCCCGUCGAUAUCUGUCGGCUGUAUCUGUCGAAACGUAGCCUAGAAUAAACUCGCUUGUUCUUGAUAUAUCUGGAUUAAGUUCAUAUAAAAAAAGCGUGUAAGCUACGAAUGAACAUUGAUGACAAACAACCGCCCUGGGCAAUGAUGAUGUCAACGAAUCCACCGCUGUACUAGCUUUAAAAGUUAAGUUAAUAAAUCGCGGCUACUGUAAUUUAAAGCAAAGUGUGUAUUAAUUUAUUGUUUCCUUUUUAUUGCUAAUCUUGUCCUCAAGACUUUAGGUUGUUAUUAUUCGGACCUAUCAAGUCCUGGAGACAAGGUUGAUUUUUUGAAAACAUGUGCUGUCAAGUAACUAUUGCUAAAUUACUAAAAUUUCAGAGAAUUAUUUAGCAAAAAAAACGCGAAAAGAAAAGCAAUCUCACUACCAGGGCUUUUUAAUCUCAAAAAGUCGUCCAGGAGGUCUUUCUUUAUUCAUAUUAAUUUACAUGAAGUUUUGUCAAUCUCAUCCCCAGUUUUUUUUCUCUUUUUCACAAUGCCGGGCGGAGAGAGAUGGUCAGAAAGGAAGAAAAGAUUCCUGGGGUUGAAAAUUUCCCUUCGCCUUAAGCGUUUAAUUAGUGCGUAGCUAUAUGAAAAGUUAAGUAUAUACCAAGAAUGUGGUAGACAUAAAAUGUUUGUUCAUAUACACAUUUUAUAAGAACAAUAUGGUAAUAAUAUGAACAUUGCUAAAAAGUUAAAAUAAAAUAAGAGCAGGCUGAAAUUCUACUGACUUUCUUCUUUGGCCUAAAAAACAUUACUUCCGUGAAAGAAUUAUCUUUAAAUGUAGAAUAUUUCAAAGACUUAUUUGCGAAACUUGUAUAUACGUUAAUUUUGGCCGCAAUACUUUGGAAUGUACUGAAGAACGAAUAAAAAAUGUUUAAAAGUUGAGAGCAAAAUAAGAACAGACAUGUGAGAAAAAUUAGAAUACCUAGAGCUAAAUUUACCGGUUUUUGUAUAUAAAAAAGUAGAAAAAUAUAAAAUAAUUUGCAGAACAAUAUGAAAAACUGAUUUUAAUUCUGUAUGAUUUUUUGACAUUUCUCUCUAAAAAAUAUUUGCCAUUUCGGUCUAAUAGCUUUCGUUUUCCGUAAAAACUGAAGAAUACUGAUUUACAAAAGUUAUUCAUGCGUUAUUAAUAUUUGCGCAUGCUUAGUAAAAAGUGCUAUAAUGUGUUUUCAAUCUUUGUUUACAUCUGUGGGUGGGUAAAAAAAGAAAAUUGAAGAAAAUAUAAUGAGAAGCAGACAGUUACUUAUAUGACUCGCUUAUCAGAAAACAAAAUCUUAUGACUGGUAACAAUGUUGACUUUGACGACUUCUUUGAGUGACAGCUUUAAUGAAUACAACCAAAUUGUAGCUAAUCGAGACAAAAAAGAAUCAAGUUUAUCUGGUGCUUGUUUGAAAGAACAAAAACAAAGAUUUUCUUUUAAAAGAGUUUUGAGAAAGAUUACGGUAGAGCCAGUUACUUUCUGCUACGCAUGCGCGUUAAUUUUACAUGCGCCAUUAAUACAACAAUAUGUCUAUCACAGAGUCAGCCAAGAUCAUGGGUUGCCAAGCUGCAUUAACAAUGAUGUCAGCUCUUGUGAGCUAUCCACUGAAGCAGAAGACUCCAAGUUAUUCCAAGUUCGAAAAGACGUCCAAUCUAUGACGUCAUAUAUCUACCUCGGUAUUAUUUUAUCGGCGUCGUUACCGUCGUUGGUAAUGGCGUUGUUGCUGGGUUCUUGGUCAGAUAAAGUCGGAAGAAAAAUUGUUAUCAUUCUUCCCGUGAUAGGAGGCUUGCUUGAAUCCACUUGUAUAAUAGUCACAAUAUUUACGCGGGCACCAUUAUAUGUGCUAUGUGUAGGCAGCUUUAUGAACGGCUUAUGUGGUUUUUUUACGACAAUGAUAUUAGCAGUAUUCUCUUAUAUCGCCGACAUUACAGAAGAAAAGGAGCGCGCUUUGCGACUUGGUAUAUUAGAAGCAGUCGCAUUCACAAGCGGCAUGAUCAGUCACAUGACAAGCGGGUGGUGGAUCCGCCAUCUUGGAUUUAAAGCGCCAUAUAUUUUUAUAUUUUGUCUACACGCCACUUCGUUUUUGUAUACGUUAUUUUUCCUAAAAGACACCACAACAAGAAGAGAAGAACUACGUUUUAAAGAUUUAUUUGACUGGAAACACUUUUCAAAGGUCUUUGGUUUGUUUCAGAACGCUGUCCCCACUCACAAGAUGCAAUUAUAUGGAUUAGUGCUGACGUCAGCGUUUAUGAUGAUAUCAAACAUAGGAUUUGGAAGUGUAAUCGUAUUAUACGCUCUGGAUACGCCAUUUUGUUUUUCUCCAAUUAUGAUUGGGUACUUCUUAGCUGACUGUAUGUUUAUGCAAGCAUUGGGCGCCAUAUUUGCCUUAAUUUUAUUGCAACGAUUUUUAUCAGAGAUUCUGUUAACAGAGUUAGGUAUUAUCUCAACUGUUUCGUCACUUGUCACCAUUGCUUUAAUAACACAAAGAUGGCAGAUGUUUCUGGUUCCAAUCGUUGGUUGCUUUGGCGGCGUUUGUAUGCCAGUCAUCAGAGCAAGGAUGUCCAAGCUAGUUCAGGCUGACCAACAAGGCUCAUUAUUCGCAGCUGUUGCAACGUUGGAAACACUAUGCACGUUAUUUGGCGCCGCCAUCUUUAACUCGUUGUAUCCAUAUUCAGUGAAGCAAUUAGAUUUCAAAGGACUUUGUUUUUUAAUAAUGGCAGCACUGUUGCUUAUCCCAGCUGUUAUCAUCGCGAUGCUGGGUAUUUGUUCAGUGAAGACGAUUGACAAAGAUGAAAUCGACGAAAAGUUACACACUAAGGAAUAACUUCCGACUAUAUCAAACACACUUAUAUAUUUAUACAUUUAUAUUUAUUCAAGUCACUUGUAUAUUUAUUUUUGUACUUUGUAUUACAUUUUUCUUAUUUUCAUUCAUCAAAUAACUCAAUUUUUAACGCUUUAUUAAAAAGUUGCCGUUAAACCGCGACUAAAUCCCCGAGAAUUUACCAUCGCAACAAACUCAAUAAAAAUAUGAGGCGCGUGGCCUUGUGGUUAUGUAGUGCGUUUCGUAAUCACAAGGUCCGUGGUUCGGUCCACAGCGCGGGCAUGUUUAGCAAGUGUCUUUACUACAGCUACGUGUCAACCCAUGUCAUGUGAGGGAAAUUGGGUAGGUAAUGCUGGUGUAUACUUAAUGUAUACUCGGACCCACAUUAAUAACAGUGUUUCAAACACUGCAGUGGCCAUAUCCUGUAUAAAUAUACGGAAUAAUAAUACAUCACACUUGCUGUUUCAUGGGCCCGUAGCGCAAUUGUGAGAUCAUGCAUACAACGGGUAGUAAUAAAGAGGAGGUGACUUAGACGGAAUGUCUGGAGAAUUAUUUCUUACAGUUUCACUAAUCAAUGGAAUAUUAAGGGGAUAUACUGUGUUUAUACCGGAAACUGUGUGAAAUCUUAAACAAAGAUCGUUGUAUCAUCGCCAUACUAAAUCAAAUUAAAUAACAAUUUUGCCACAACAUGUCACUGAACAUCCGUGACUGUCUGUUCGAAGUUUAAAGUUGUAUAACUCUGUGAUAUGAUUGUCUUUAAACAAAAAUAUGAAUUAAGAAGCUGUGCAUAAAUACCAUCAGUCACUAAAAAUUUUAAAACACAUGUUUGUCAAGCAUCGUUUUUUAUUCUUGUACACAGGUUCAAAUGCUGUUCCGAUUUCAAAAACAAGAUACCCCUGGAAUUAGAAUUAUCACCUUAUAAAUGUUCCAAACUGACAUAGGAAUAGGGGAAUACCCCCAUCAAAAUUGCUAAUGUGGAUGAAACCAAUUUAUACAGUUAAAACAUGUUGAAGGUAUGAUACUGACUGAUUCAAUAAGCUUGAGUUUUAAACAAAAAUCGUAAUCUGUUGUUACGAUAAGUACAAAAUAUUGACAAAAAUGCCUUAAAGUCGCUUCCCAGUAACAUAAAAUGAUGUUAAACAACUAUUAACACAACAGUUACGCAAAUGACAACAUUGCUAUUUUAUUAGAACAAGAAUUUGGUAGACAACUGU